UUUACAUUUUUGCUAUUUUGCUAGGGUUUUGGAAAGAGCCGCCAUGGAUGUGGAUUUGGAGGCGGCAGUGGUGCGCCAAGGCGAUCUUGUGCGGGCGCUCAAGGAGCAGAGUGCUCCCAAGCAGGAAAUCGAUGCGGCUGUGACGGUGCUCAAGGAUCUCAAGGUAAAGCUGGCCGCCAAGGAAGCAGCGAGCGCGCAGGUGAAGAAUUUCCGCGAGACCGUCACCAAUGUGCUCAAGAGGAGGCUCUUCUUCGUCAAGUCUUUCAAGAUCUACGGUGGCGUCGCGGGAUUGUUCGAUUAUGGCCCUCCAGGCUCGGCCGUCAAGGAUAACGUCUUGAGCUUUUGGCACCAGCAUUUUGUAGUGUAUGACGAUCUCCUCAAAGUGGAUUGCCCAUGCUUGACACCCGAGGCUGUUCUCAAGGCCUCCGGGCACGUCGACCGAUUUACGGACUUGAUGGUCAAGGACGUGAAGCUGGGCGAUUGCUACCGAGCCGACCACGUCGUCAAGGAUUUUGUCAAGGAUGCUCUGGAGAAAGACCCACGCAUGCCAGCGGCUCAGAAAGAAGACUAUGCUCGAACUCUGGCGUCGCUGGAUGACUUUACUGCCGAUGAACUUGGUGCAAAGAUAAAGGAGUAUGGCAUCAAGGCUCCAGACAGCAAGAACGACUUGUCCGAGCCAUUCCCGUUCAAUCUCAUGUUCGCAACGCCGAUUGGUCCCGCGGGACUUCUUCAGGGGUACUUGAGACCGGAGACUGCUCAGGGAAUGUUUGUCAAUUUCAACGAGCUGCUGCUUUAUAACGGUGGCAAACUACCUUUUGGUGCAGCUCAAGUCGGCCAGGCAUUUCGAAACGAGAUUUCUCCACGACAAGGUUUGCUGAGGGUGCGCGAGUUUACGCUCGCGGAGAUAGAGUUUUUUGUCGACCCGGUCGACAAAUCUCACCCAAGGUUCGGCAGCGUUGCAGACCUUGAGUUUUUCCUCUUCCCAAGGUCGCAGCAAGUGAACAUGAGUGCUCCCCUCAAAGUACGUCUCGGGGAUGCAGUCGCACAGAAGAUCAUCGACAACGAGACGCUUGGCUACUACAUCGGACGGACAUACCUGUUCCUCACUACUCUCGGCAUCAACAAGGAGCGGCUGCGGUUUAGACAACAUCUUGCCAACGAGAUGGCGCAUUAUGCUGCAGAUUGCUGGGAUGCUGAGAUCGAGUGCUCAUACGGAUGGAUAGAAUGUGUUGGCCUCGCUGAUCGCUCUGCGUACGACUUGGAGGCACACUCGGCAGCCAGCAACACCAAACUUGUGGCUUCACGAAAUUUACCCGAGCCCAUCCUUGUAGAGGAAUUUAGACCGGUUCCAAACAGGAAGCAGAUUGGCAUUUGUUUCAAGGCGGACCAGAAGUUGGUGUUAGAAUCCCUGGAGAAACUUAGCAGUGAAGAGGUAGUAGAAAUGGUGGCAAAGUUGGAAUCCGCAGGCGAGGCACCGCUCCAUUCCGACAGCACGGACAAGACGUUCACCAUCAAGAAGGGCAUGGUCGACAAGCAGGUGACCAAGAAGACGAAGGACAAGGAGAGCUUCACACCGUCAGUGAUCGAGCCGUCGUUUGGCAUCGGCCGCAUCAUCUACUGCCUGUUCGAGCACUGCUUCGACACCCGCGAGGGAGCGGACUCAGUGGAGCAGCUCAACUUCUUCCGCUUCCCCCCCGUGGUGGCUCCCGUCAAGUGCUCGGUCUUCUCCCUGGUGCAAAACGCGGGGCUGGACGAGCUAGCACAAAGCAUCUCGGUGGAGCUUCGAAGAGCAGGACUGGCGGUCAAGACAGACAUCACGGGCAGGUCCAUUGGCAAGAGAUAUGCUCGGACGGACGAGAUCGGUAUCCCAUUUGCGAUCACUGUGGAUUCCUCCGAGGGAGGGGUGACGGUGAGGGACCGGGACUCCAAGGAACAGAUUAGAGUUCCGGUGGAACAGGUGACGCAGCUCCUCGCGGACCUGUCCGCCGGUAACAAGAAGUGGAAGGACGCUCGGUGUGCGUAUCCUGCUCACACCUCCUCGGACAAGACCGACGAGGACAAGACCGAUGAGUAGAACUCCAUAUCCUUUCAACAAAGUUUCUCUACUACUUGUUCUUAAAGAUCGCGACCACUGUCCCAAGGAACUCAUAGCUCGCCGUGAGUGAUCCAAACCAAGAACUCGUCAAA